CAAGCUACAAGCGCUAACGCCACGUGACGCGUCUGGCGGGUCAUGUGAUCGAUCUACGUCCUCCUAGCUGCAGCCAACUUUUCCUCCCGCAGAUCCCAAACAAGCGAACAUGGCGGACUACGAAGAGCGGCGGAGCCUGUUGGGAGACGGGGACGAGGGCUCGUCCGCCGGCCGACGCACAGCCGGCAGACCGAUGUGGGCCAUCUGCGACCCCAGCCACCUACUGCACCGAGUGGUUGUCCUGUUAUUCAUGUGCUUCUUGGGAUUCGGAAGCUACUUCUGUUAUGACAACCCGGCUGCUCUUCAAACUCAAGUCAUUCAGGAUCUGAACCUGAACACUGCAAAGUUCAUGCAGCUGUAUGCCUGGUACUCCUGGCCCAAUGUGGUUCUCUGCUUCUUUGGGGGAUUCCUUCUCGACAGGGUUUUUGGCAUCAGGCUGGGAACCAUCAUCUUUUCCCUCUUUGUCUGUGUUGGACAGGUAAUAUUUGCUGCUGGAGCUUUGGUGAAUCAUUUCUGGCUGAUGGAAGCUGGACGUUUUGUAUUUGGUAUUGGGGGAGAGUCCUUGGCUGUAGCCCAAAACACAUAUGCAGUCAACUGGUUCAAAGGAAAGGAGCUAAAUCUGGUGUUUGGCCUUCAGCUGAGCAUGGCUCGAGUGGGCAGCACAGUGAACAUGAACAUAAUGGGCUGGGUGUACAGCAAAGUGGUGGACCUUGUUGGCUCUCCCGGACACACCGCAUUGGGCGCAUCACUCUUGAUAGCUGCUGUAACCUGCCUCUUUUCACUAAUCUGUGCCUUGGUGUUGGCGUUCCUUGACAAAAGAGCAGAGAAGAUCCUCCACAAGGAAGAAGGCAAAACAGGUGAAGUAGUCAAGCUGACAGACGUGAAAGACUUUCCCAUCACCCUGUGGCUCAUCUUUAUCAUUUGUGUGGGCUACUAUGUUGCGAUCUUCCCCUUUAUUGGACUGGGACAGGUGUUCUUCAUUGAAAAAUUCAACUUCUCCCCAGCUGAAGCCAGAGCUGUCAACAGUAUUGUGUACAUCAUCUCAGCCCCUGCAUCUCCAGUUCUGGGCUUAAUGGUCGAUAAGACGGGGAGGAAUGUGGUUUGGGUGAUAAUCGCCGUGGUCUUUACACUCGCCGCUCACAUGAUGCUGGCCUUCACCUUCUGGAACCCAUGGAUCGCCAUGUCCCUGCUGGGUGUCUCCUACUCCUUACUGGCCUGUGCACUGUGGCCCAUGGUGGCGUUUGUGGUACCCGAGCAUCAGCUGGGGACGGCCUAUGGCUUCAUGCAGUCGAUCCAGAACUUGGGACUUGCUCUCAUUGCUAUGGCAGCAGGAUCCAUCCUGGACAACAGAGGAUACCUUGUUUUAGAAGUGUUUUUCUGCACCUGCAUCUGCAUUGCACUGAUGGCCGUGGUGUUGCUGUACUUUGUGGAUUAUCUCAGAGGAGGAGAUUUGAACCGGUCAGCCGCAGCCAGAGCCAAACUCCAGAAAGAAGCCACUUCAGCCGCCGAAUGAUGAUGAUGAGGGAACACACACAGUCCUUGGGCUUCAGAGCCAGAAGGCUGCACUGUCCACCCCAGAGCUGUCAAUCAACUGCCAUGGGGCGGGACUGCGCCACUGACUCCGCCCAGUGCUGUCAUCUGUGGCUCUUCCCACCAGAACUGACUGUCUGGCCCCAGCUAUUGCAUAACAAUCCCUGUGUUAAUAGCUUAUUAUGUCCCUGUCAGGACACUGACAAAUGAUACGUCUCCACUUGGACUCUACAGUUCCUCUCUGACUUCUCACACUGACUUCAUCUCCACUGACUUGCGUGUGCGUGUGUCUGUGUGUGUGUGUGUGAGAGAGAGAGAGUGUGUAUAUGUAUGUGAAUAGGACGUUUUGUAAGUUACAGAAGAAAAUUAAGAUGCUUUGAAAGUGAUUUAACCAUUUCAUGGUUAGAGGAUGAGGCUCAUAUCCUAUGGAAAGGUGCCUAUAUCGAUAAAUAGUGAUUGAUUUCAUUACAUGCUACUGGAACUCACUCUUAUGGGGUUCUUUUAUUAAUUGAAUUGUUUUAUAUGUAUAUAGGGGUAACAUUGUGUAUGUUUUUUUUAUACACUUCUUUUUACAGAUUGUGUUCCACAGGACUCUUUGUUACUUGCCUUAUUGCAGACAGCUCAGCAGUUCACUUAUGUACAUAUCAUUUGUCAGCAUUCACAAUAAUUACCAACCAAAAUCAUCCUUGCUGGACUCUCCUUACGCAAAGCGAGGUUCAUAUUCAAUUUUAAUCAUAUGCAUCAUUGACCUUUUAUGGUGGAUAAAUUCAAAAGAGCAUAGCUCUUUAUUGUUUAAAUCUUUAUUGCUCAAUUAUUUUAUUUCUUAAUUCCUUUAUCUGCUCUUCGCUGGUUUCAGAAGUUCAUAAAAUUUUAUUUUCUGUUGCAUCAUCAAAUGGUACAUUGCUAUAAUGAUAAGAAAGAUAAAAGAAAGAGAGAUGCACACUUCUGAAUGCAUUUACCCGUGUAAUGAUAUUCACAAUUUUAACUUUUUACAACUGCUUUAUUAAUUUGACCUUUUAAAAAAUCAGAUCCACACGUAAAUUAUGUUUUGUAGACUGUUUUGCUCGUUUAUCAAGCUCAGGUAAUUAACUUGUUGUAAGCACUGUCCCAGAAUUAUUGCUUGCUUCGUCUGAACGGUGAGACAAAAAUAUUCAUGCACUAUGUUUAACUCUCACCAUUCCAGUAACGCGGAUAGAGGUUUGUCUCCCUGCGUUGUUAACAUGGUUGCAGACUGUGGUUGAUAAACAUUCACUACCUCAGUUGGGUAAAUAACUAAUUGAAACAUAAAGACAAACUUAACACCCCCUGGAAAUCUUGUUUGUCUCUGACCUCCUAAAGUUUAAUUUUCACUUUGCUGCCGUAAUGUAGAAGUGCACUUUAGGGUGUGUCCAUACACUGUGACAUCAUGGUUUGGUAUGGUUACAGGUGCAAAAGAGCACCACAACUAUAAGUGAGGCUGCGUGUGAACAAACUUGAAAUACUAAUAUUAAAUCUGGUGUUAAGUUACUCUUAAAGGAAAAAGCCCAGUCAGUAGCAUUGAAGUUAAAAUGCUGUGAUUGCACUUUAAACUGACCACUGUGUCAUACAGACAGACACAUACUGCUCUCCUCACCUGUCACUUAUUUGCACUAUGUUGUUGUGACAACAGUGCAGCCUUUGCUUAACUGAGUGUGUUAAACCACCAAGUGUUAACUGUUAUUUAGCUGUGUACAAAUAUAUUAUGUGAGAAAUUACACAAGUUCCAUUGUACGAUCAAAGACCAUGAGACUGGAAGGAAAGUCACUUUAAAAUAAUCUCUUUUUGUAGAAGCAAAUCACAUUUGAUACCCUGAUUGUUCAUGGAAUGGCAUUCAAUUAAACCUACAUUUUUGAAAGCAUUUGA